AUGAGCUCUUCUUCCUCCUCCUCCUCCUCCUCGUCGGACUCGGCAGUCGACUCCAGCCUGCGUCUUCCCAACACCGCCCAACUCCACUCUGAUCCCGCUCCUCCGACGGUGGUCCAGUCCAUCAACAUCCAGUCCAGGGUCCCCAUCGUCUUGGACCUCAACGACGACAACUACACGGUCUGGGCACGCGCGUUCUCCGCCGUGUUUGGCCAGUAUGGCCUGGGGGACCACGUCAAUGGCUCCCCACCCAAGGGCGACUCCGACUGGGUGCAAAACGAUUGCGCCAUUGUCACUUGGCUCUACAACCGCGUCGCCCCCGACCUCCUCAGCGUCGUCUCUGACGACGAGGACUAUGCUUUCUCUCUGUGGCGCGGCAUUCGCAAUCUGUUUCGCGACAACAGGUCGACACGUGCUGUCUACCUCAACGCCGAGUUUCGCCGCUUCUUCCAGGGCGAUCUGUCUGUGCUCGCCUACUGCACUUGGAUGAUGUUACAAGAUUCACCCAGAAUCGUUUUCUCUCUGUCCAUCCGCAGUCUGACAGCAACAUUGCAUCCUAGUAGGAAUAAGCUGAUCUAA